CAGGUUAUGCUAUCAGAACAGCAUAAUAUAGAGAGCAUACACAACGUAACAGUUUAGUAGGUUUCUUCCUUCACACAGCGUAUAAAUCUGAAUGCGAUACACUGUGUUUAUACCUAAAUUACGGAAGUUAUGAUUUUUCUUAUCUUUUUCUGUCUUUUGGUGUUGAGUUACCAAUUGUGUUUGUCAGUUGGAGCAGUAUGUAGCAGCAAUGUAUCGAGAAAUAUCGACGGUGAGAUAUUAAUUGGAGGAAUAUUUCCCCUUCACGAGCGAUCUGAUGUGAAUACCUCAUGGACGACAGGGCCACCUACGGAAACAUGUGUUGAUUUUUACACUCCUUACUACAUGGCGGCAGCUGCCGCUAGAUUUGCAGUUCUGGAGAUUAAACAGAAAAGGUACAUUGAUUUAGGGGAUUUGAAACUCGGGUACAAUGAACAAGAGUUUUGCAACUCCCCUGUGUCAGCGGCAGGGGCUACAUUAAACUUGACAAAUAAUUCUAAGGUAAUAGCGAUCGUUUCUGGUGCUUUAUCUAGUAGUAUGAUCACCAUCGGACCGAUUGUUGCGCACUAUAGCAUCGCCACGAUUGCAACGUGGGCUACCAGUGAAAUGUUAACAGACAAGAACAUCUAUAGGACGCUUUUCCGGACGGUAUCUGGAGAUCAGUCGCAGUCAUUGCUUCUGGCACAGAUGGCUGAAUACUUCGGUUGGCAAUGGGUUGGUGCAAUUGGUACUGACGACACGUACGGACGGAACGGGCUCCGGAUGUUCAUAGAUGAACUAAAAGUAAAAAACAUUUGUGUCGCAUUUGAAACGUAUCUACAGGUUACUGGUGGGAAAGAGGAACGGGAUAAAUUCCUUGAAAAACUGAACGCCUCGACAGUCGAAGUUAUCUUCUUCUACACUACAGUUGACCAAGAUUUAGAUGAUUUCUUCCAGACAGCGGACAAUUUAGGAGUAUCGCCAAAGGUUUGGAUAGCAACAGACGGUUGGGCAGAUUUGUCUAGAUACUUUUACAAAUACAAAUGUGUGGCGUCAGUGCUUGGAGUAACUAUUAGCGAUAAACCACUUCCUUAUCUUGUCGACCAUCUUUCUAAAUACGAUACAAUUCGGAAGCACAACAGCAUACAGUUCCUCGACAGUUUCGUCAAAUGGAUGUGUGAUAAUCAAUCCAUAACGAUACCAAAUUGCAGUGACGAGAUAUUGUGCAAGGAAGACGUCGACAAUAAGACCAUCACUCUCAUCGAAUUAGCUGCAAAAGAAUAUUUAUAUUACGCUACGAACUACGAGGCGUACACAACGUACAUUGCCGUAUAUGCUAUUGCACAGGCACUUAAGGAUAUCCAGGAAUGCAACGAUGGAAAGGGGCUUUUAGACGGUGGUGACUGCCCUGAUAUAAAUAACCUAGAAAGAUGGCAACUUGUGACUUAUUUGGAGAAAGUAAAUUUCACCGAUAACAACGGAUCUACGUUUCAGUUUUUAGAAAAUAGACAAACAGCGCCGUCGUACAUCAUCUUAAAUGGUAAACAGUUAGAUGAAGGAGUUGAAUUGGUCGAAGUUGGCUCAUAUAAGCAUGGUUACUUAGACAUUCAGGAUACUGCGAUUUACUGGGCCAAUGAAACUUACAAUGGCAAGAAACCGUCAGCAAUAUGUAAUGACGACUGUAAAGCAGGCACGAGGCGUCAUUAUAUCGAGAAUGAGCAGAGGUGUUGUUUCCGUUGCCUGCCCUGCUCUGGGAAUACCAUAUCAAACACUACAAAUGCCGACACGUGUUUGGUCUGUGGACAAGACCAGUACGCGAACAAUAACCGGACAAUCUGCCUGAAAAAGAGCCCGGAUGUGUUUUUGUGGGACGACAGCGUAUCUAUCAUUUUCUGCAUCGUAAGCGUUGUAGGGAGCUUGGCAACUGUUGCUGUCUCGUGCAUUUUCUACAAACAUCGCAGCACACCUGUUGUCAAGGCGUCUAGCUUAUCACAUAGCUUCGUCUUGGCAUUUGUUCUGUUUUUUAGCUUUCAGAUGGUUUACUUCUACAUAGGAAUUCCAACAGAUACCCUGUGCAAAGUCAAGUCGAUCAUCGGCGGGCUUAACCUUACUGCUAUCCUAGGCAUCUUCUGUGCCAAGCUAUACGUCAUUGUGAAAAUCUUUAAUAAUAAGCUAAAUUUCAAGAUACCUACAAAACUCUUCUAUCGGUAUUCGUGGAUGCUGGUUGCAGCUAUCACCGCUCUUCAUCUAGCAUUCAACGUAAUCCUUGAAAUCGCCAUCCCCAGUCACGUUGUUCACGAUUACAACAACUCAAUAACAAUUCUGCCUAUCUUCUGCAAUGAAACUGAUGCUGGUUUUAUUGUCACAAACAUUUACCAAUUGAUAUUGUCUUUGAUGUGCUUUAUCUUUGCUUUCCGCGCCCGGAACCUGCCAAAGAAUUUCCAAGAAGCGAGGUUUAUAUGGUUUAUCAUGUUCACAUGGUGUAUACUGGGAAUUUUCUCAAUUCCCGCGCAUUUUACAGCCGCUGGAAAACUUAAAAUAUGUUUCCAAGUAAUAUUUCUUCUAUUAUUUAAUUUCUUAACACUCUCAGCUUUUUAUUUUUCAAAAUGCUACCUUAUUUAUUUUCGUCCAGACAAAAAUACAAGAGAAAAUUUAAGAAAAGAGAUCCGCGAACAAAGAACAUAUAAACCAAGUGAAUAUAGCGGUGUACCGACCACAACACUAUCGGGCGACGAGGCAAGUUUAGGUCGUGAAUUAUCGGAACAUAAUAAUGUAAAUCAUAAAGCUAAAUAAAAUUAAACUUCGACAAUUUUGAAUUGCUCUUUCAAAAUAAUCAGAUAAUUUAUUAUUUCAAUUUGAAUUUCAAUUUAUUUCACUUGCAGAUAAAUUAACAACAUGUGGCGUAACCACAAAAGCAAAGCUUGUAUACAUAGCACGCAGUCAUACAAUUAAUAGGCCUAAUAUAACAAAUAGCAAAAAUACGAAAAUAUGGAUAGACCUGACUAUAUGAUUAAAUUAAUAUGCAGUAUUAAAUAAAUUAACAAGUGGCGUAACCACAAAAGCAAAGCUUGUAUACAUAGCACGCAGUCAUACAAUUAAUAGGCCUAAUAUAACAAAUAGCAAAAAUACGAAAAUAUGGAUAGACCUGACUACAUGAUUAAAUUAAUAUGCAG